UUAAACCCCCUGCUUCUCUACUGUGAAUUAUUUCUCGCUGACUCCGGCGAGAUCCGUUUCACAUAUCCGGCGUCACUUUCCGUCAUGGACUCGGAAUCUGAAGUCCCUGAUUCUCAGCCGCACCCUCUCUCGAGCCAAACUGUGGACGCGUGUCACGACAUGAAUUCCCUUGAAGACCUCGCGAACCGCGGCGCGUGGCGUUCAGUCAUCGACAAGGUCUCCCGCGCCCGCGCCCUGUCUCUCCUCCACAAGCCCCACGACCACCUCACCUACCUCGCCUUCAACGCCCUCGCAUUCACAAAACUGCGUCGUUUCAACGAAGCCUCGGCGGAGCUGGAUUCCCUCGAAGACCUCGAUAGUUCCCACUACCGCUACGAAACCUACCCCAAAAUCUACCCUAACCGGGUGGGAUCGAUGGUCCCUUUCUCCCUCCGGUGGCUCCAUGCCCUAAUUCCAAUCAAACUAGGGCAACGUCAGCAGGGAAUGGAUCGCUUCUACACACUCCUUGACUUCGUGCGCGGGAAGAUCAGGGAAAAGGGGGAAAACAACAACCUCGGCGUCUCCCUUAAACUUUGGCGUAAACGAGAAGUUUUUGUCGUGAAUUGCAUCAUAGGGCACCAUUUAAGUCAGAAAGAGUUCGGCGUGUGUUUGAGUUUGAUGAAGGAGCUUCUCUCUCGCGAUGAUGGUUCGGACCCUUUGUUGGUUUCGCAACUUGGGUAUAUGCAGUUGCAGAUUGGGGACUUGGAGGGUGCGAAAGUUUCUUUUUUGAAGGUGGAGAGUGAGGGAAAGAAUAACGGGUCGUUGAGCGAGGUUGAGUUUAAGAACCUUGUGAAUAGGAACAAGGCGUUGGUGUAUUUGGUUGGUAAGGAUUAUGUCUCGGCGGUGAGGGAGUACGAAGAGUGCAUUGAGAGGGACAGCGCGGAUGUCGUGGCUGUGAAUAACAAGGCUCUAUGUUUGAUGUAUCUUAGGGACUUAUCGGAUUCUAUUAAGGUGUUGGAGAGUGCGCUUGAGAGAGUUCCCACGGUGGCUCUCAAUGAGACGCUUGUUGUCAAUUUGUGUAGUAUGUAUGAAUUAGCGUAUGUUAAUCACUCUGAUAUUAAGAGAACGCUUAGUAAUUGGAUUGCUCGUGUUGCACCUGAUGAUUUUGAUGCAUCUUGUACUCGUACAUGAGAUAUAGUGGAGGUGUGGUGUGUUUGUUUAAAAUUCCUAGAAAUGCCACUCGCCAGCAUGACGAAGGAAGAAUCACUGGUAAUUGCUACUCAACCAUUCGACACUGAAUUCGUCCUUGCUAUGGGACAUCCAGUAGGUUGCCUGGUGAAUGAAUAGGUACAAAUAUGGACCAAAGUAAUUAGGUCUGGCUGGUUCACACAUCUUGUUCGGCUGUAUGCUUUCCUAACCUGACAGCGUCAAAAUUCUAUUCAUAUGAGAGACUAAUGAUUAUAACAAAACUCUUGCAUUACAUUCAUUCAAUUCAUCAAGGUCAUUGUAUUGUUGUAGUGUUGGUUUCUUCAUCACAUAAUCCUGGCCCCAAAAGGAAGAGCUCUGUAUUUUAGUUUUGCUUAUCCCUGUUGACUGUACUUCAAGUCUGCGGAUUGAUAUUUGCAUAUGGCUUUUAUUUCCUCAUCGGACCUCGCUGCUGUUUAUUGAAUAUGAUUGGUAGAAAAUGAGGUAAAAAUGUAAUCCCAAAUUCUUGUGCAAUUGACGUGUGUUCUCAUUUGAUUAUGUUACAUUUUAAGACUAUUA